AUGUCCUUCCCCGACACCGGCUCGUACUACACUUUUCACCUAGACCCAAUCGCUUCCCUGCAGGAUAUCGAGGACGAGGAAGUCGCCAAGGCCGCCCGGGCACUAUCACCGCAAGUAUAUGUGGCGUGCACGUUAGAGGCAUUCGGCGUCCCCCGGGCCCCGCCAGCAUAUGAAGCGGCGCACAUCAGUCUCGUUCAGCAAGGACUACCGGUUGACAGCCCGGAGGAAUUUCUCGAAUCACGAAUAAAGGUCUCCGACGUUCCUUACUGGCAGAUCAAGGCUGCUCAAAGGGCCGAGCGUCAAGCGAACCGUCCUGACGAAAACCCUGUCGAGGAACCACACAAGAAUGACGAUGCUGCGAGCGAUUACUCUGGCGCCAGUUGUCACUCAGGCGGCGGGGGCCACGACAGUGCUCUUUCUGCUUCGUCCGAGUCCCAUUCCGGGACUGAUACGCAGGGCGACGCUGCGAUGGACGCGCCUCAAGCCGACGACGACAUUGCGGAUGCCGAGGACGACAUCCUUGCUGCCAUCAACUAUCAGUCGGAGCUGCGCGAUGUAUCGCCGGUCAUUAUACCGCUCUCAUACGAUCUAAGUUCUUUGGAUGCCCCUCCCUCUCCAGCUGGGUUCCUGGAAGAGCUAAAAGCCAUCAACAGGAUCCGAUCGGAAUACGAGGAACGUGUGAGGCGGUUGAAAGAUGAGAUUCGACGCCGCGACGAUGAAUACAUGGCCGGAAUCGAGGCGCGUCGUACCGCUGAGGAGGCGCAAAGCACCUCUCCAGCUCCGGCACAGUCCAGAUGGCUGUCUGUCGCAAGUUUCGUGCCACUCACGAACAAGCUGAAGGCCCACUUGGACAGUGACAGACUUGAGGUCAAUGGGUCGGCCCGGAAAGUGAGCGGCCAGCCCGGAUCGGAUCUUGCCGAUAUUCGUCGAUACCUUGUCGAUACCAUUUUGUCCAUCCCCUUGUCUUUCUCCGCUCAAUUGUUCUCCGGUCCCACUGUAACCAUGUCCUUCCCCGACAACGGCUCAUACUCCAUCUUUCGACUCGACCCGAUAGCCUCCCUUCAGGACAUCAUACACGACGAGGAUGUAAUGAGGGCAGCUCACAGUAUUCCUUGCAAUGAAUAUGUGGCCUGCAUGACGAUUCCCAUUGGUGCUCCACAUCCACCGCCUGCGUAUACUGUGGCAUACAUCGACCUGGUCCAGCAAGGACUCCCGAGUGACGACCCCGAGCAAUUCCUUGAGUCUCGGAUGUGCGUGCCCAUACGGCCCAACGCGCACCAUCCAGAUGAUCGUCGACCUGUUCGUUGCUGCAAUCCCCUGCCAUGGGACGACUGCUACCACGUCGCGGCGCAUCGCACACACGUGCGGGUCCAGUCCGACAUUCGCGACGUCGACCCGCCUCAUUCACUGAGCCCCUCGGAGUGCUUGGUGCUCCAUCUGGCUUUGAAAGACGAUCAAGAGCGACAAUACCAGCUAUGCACAUGCGCGGCCACUGGAUCUGCACCUCCUGCGGCUAGUGUUAGCAGCCUCACGCAAGCUGCUAUCAGGAAUGCGGACAGAAAAUCAACGGACGUGCCCUUCUGGCAGCAAAUGCGUGCUGAGAAGGCGGCCCGGGCAGGGCAGUCAACUUGGACUUUGCCUAACGAGGCGAUGGACCGCUAUUUGCAUGGUUUCGACGAUACUUCCUCCGAAGAGACCUCCAGCGAUUACAGCCGAACCAGCGGCAACGACUCAGGUCUCGACAGCAGCGCUUCUGACACCAUCUAUGCUGAUGUGGUUGACAACGGCGGCGUGAAGCCUGCUGAACGGUCAGAGGCAAUUGCCAGUGAUGGAUUAGACGCACAAGAUUUGGCUCUUGAUGUCCUUAGGCAUCGUCCCGACCUUGGGGACCUUUCGCCAAUCAUCGUACCCAUUUCGUACGACAUUGGGACCCUCGACGCCCCGCCGUCGCCUGCCGGAUUUUUGGAAGAGCUGGACGCGAUGAAGAGAAUACGCGCAGACUACGAGGCCAGGGUGCAGCGCCUCAAAGCAGAUUUCCUGCGUCGCGACCGCGAAAACAUGGCGAAUGCAAUGGAGGCGCGUCCAAUUGAACCCGGCAUCAGCGCGCCACUACCGAGAGAACCCGUGAGGCGGUCGCGAAGUGUCCGUGACAAGAUGUCCUUGAGAGGCAAGAUCCAUAAGCGGACGUCCGGGACUCGUUCAGUACUUGUGCGGCACGAAUAUGCCUCACUUACAAGGAAGAGAUUAUCCAAGAUCAGGCCGCGUAAGCUGAGGGUGCUGAAGUCCUCAUCGGCGUGGAAGCGCUGGAAGUCGUAAGCGCUGUGAUACAGCUGCACAUCCAGCUGGCCUAGGUGUGUAUUGAGCUCCGAGAGCCGCAACGUGGUAAGGCUUCACCGAAUGUACGAGGAAAA